AUGGCCAUUCAGACUUCGUUACAUUCAUUGAGCCGCGCUGACGGUUCUGCAACGUAUGCAUCGCCCAACGGUUGCUCUGUUCUCGCUGCAGUCAACGGACCCAUCGAGGUUCAGCGACGUGAUGAGCUGCCAGAAGAAGCACACAUUGAGGUCACCAUCCGGCCUUAUGAUGGUGUAGGUCAAGUGAAAGAGAGACAUCUUGAAGUGGUCAUUGCCAAUACGCUGCGGGAUGUGGUUCAUCUAGAGAUGUUUCCACGGCAGAUGGUGCAGCUUACCAUUCAAGUUUUGAAAGUACCGGUAGACGACAAAGCCAUUGGCAGGACCAACCCACAGGCAGAAAGUUACCUUCCAAUGCUUCCUUGGCUUCUCAAUGCGGCCUGCCUCGCCCUUAUGGACGCAGCGAUUCCGAUGCGAUGCACUUUCACCUCUACGAUUGUCGCACUUAUGUCAAAGACGAGCACCCGAGAUCACCCUACCAUUGCAGAACUCAACGCCGCCAAGAGCUUACAUGUGUUGACAUUUAGUUCGAAAGAUGAGUUGUUACUGGCCGAAAGCGAAGGGAGAUUUAGCAUGGACGAAUGGGAUGCCAUCGAGGAAAAGGCAAAAUUCAUAUGCUUGGGCAGUCCCGAUGCUAUGAUCGAGAAAGGGGAGGAGGACAAGUCCCUCCAGCAACACACGAGAUCUGUCAUCGCGGAAAAGGUCACAGUGGAUGAACGCUGGAGAAAUGGAUGA